AUGGGGGCAUCAUCAUCAUCGUCGUUGACGGAAGCGGAGAUCGACAAACUGACCGCGUCGAAGUUGAGAAAACUUUUAGAUGCGAAAGGAAUCGCGCACGAGAAGAAAGAGUUAAAAGCGGCUCUGGCGGCGAAAUUGAAAGACGCGAUGAGGAAAGAAAAAGAAGGAAAAGAAGAAGAAGAAGAAGAAGAAGAAGAAGAAGAAGAAGAAGAAGAAGAAGAAGAAGAAGAAGAAGAUUCAGACGAAGAAGACUUCGACGAGUACGAGGACGACGGAUCCGUGGAAUGGAUGUUGAGAAUGCACCAAAAGAUCGCGCGACCAAAAAACAAAAGAGACUGGGAAAUCCGCGAAAGCGUCCUGUCAGGUGGAGGCAUUCCCUGA